AUGCAAGCUGCAUUCGUUGAGGGUACGAAUCUCGUCAUGGUAUGGAUCAUACAGGAUAAGACAUCGGACAACUGUUAUGACGAAACACAAUGUCCCAAGGCAGAGCCAUCAGAAGUCCCAUUUGGAUUCGAACAAGUACCUCCACCUGAUUUGGAGGAGAAAUGCACUGGUAUACAACAUCGAAAACCAAAACGUUCACGUACGAUGUGCUAUGAUACAAUGCAUGAGGUAUGAAA